GCUAAACGAUUCUCCUCAAGCCUAAAACCACCAAGGAAACAGAAGACGGAAAGAGGAAAUGGCAGUACUAAAGUUGAUAUGUGUCUCCUUCUCUCUAACACAAUUACUGAGCUUAGCAGUUGGUUCUCUAAACAUAAAUGAGAAAUGGUUUAGUGGGAAUCAUUUUGGUUAUGGUGGCGAAUUUUGCCUUCCAGGCAUCUGCAUUGGAGGCGGGGGUAGUACCAGAGUCCAUUUGGGCUCUGGUGAUGCACAUUUCGGUUUUGGUGUCCAUGGAAACCAUUUGAGUGGUCACAAGGACAGAGCCUAUUUGGAAGGUGGUGAUGAAGGCACCUUCUUUGGUGGUAAUGGAAAUGAUGAUGACCAUACCAAGUUGCGAGGUUAUGCCAGUGGUUGCGGGUGGUCAGGCAAUCACGAUAGUUAUUGUAGCGGAGGGCUCCCUGGGGUCGGGGGUGGGGCAAGCUACAGGGAGACCAUGUACUGCAAACCGGUGGCUUGCACUUCUGGUUCGUGUAGAGGGUUACAUAUACACUUGGACAAGGGUCUGUACAAGUCUCUGGUGAGCAAAAGGGCUGGAAACUUCAAAGAAGCAGAACACUCAUCGCCUACCCAUCACAAGCCAGAGACCUUAGAACAAAAGGAGAACAAUGUCAAGGAAGCUGCUAUGGUUAAGGCACCUGAAUCCAACUAAAGCUAAUGUAGCUCUCGACCUGUAUGUGGUUUAUGGCAAUAAAGCAAAGCAUAACACAAAAGAAAAGUGUAAUAAAUCUCAACAGAAUAAGCAAAGGAUUCCUCAGAAACUAAGAUCCAAUGAACUCAAAGUGUUGACCUUUAACGUU